AUGGGUUCUGGCAGUGCUGGAGCCGGCGGUGCUAGUUCUGAGGAGACUGGCGCUGGAGGCACUACUACUGCGCCUCCCCACCGCCACGACACACGUCUCCAGGCGGCUCGCCGCCGUGAGCGUGAGGAGAAGGAGCGGUUGGAGCGGGAGAGGCGGGAGCUGCAGCAGUUGGACUUGCAUGAGCAGGAGGAGGUGGAGGAGGAGGAGGAGGAGGAGGAGGAGGAGGAGGAGGAGGAGGAGGAGGAGGAGGAGGAGGAGGAGGAGGAGGAGGAGGAGGAGGAGGAGGAGGAGGAGCAGCAGCAGCAGCAGCAGCAGCUCCAAAUGCAGCAGCGCCAGCAGCAGCAGCAGCAGCAGCAGCCGUUGCAGCACUAG